AUGGCUGGUCCAGUCCAUCACAUGGCUUAUGCCAUGGCUAUACGAGACGACAGCGAUCCAUCUCCAGCCGAUCAGUUCUUGCGUCUAAUUCAAAACCCAUUCAAAGAAACUAUCCAACUCAAUGCCUUCUGGGUGUCCCUCGCUACGUCCCUCGGCAUAUCUGCUAUGCUCGCUCUUCUAUUUUCCAUAUUCCGCCCAUAUCACAACGCAAUCUACGCGCCAAAAGUCAAACAUGCCGACCAGAAACACGCCCCGCCGCCUGUGGGCAAAGGAGUCUUCGCUUGGGUUCCGCCGGUCCUGAGUGUCAAGGAAGAAAAUCUUGCAGAUCGAAUUGGCCUGGAUGCUAUCGUGUUUCUACGUUGCGCGAAGAUGAUGAGAAAUAUAUUCUUGAUUUUAAGCGUCAUCGGCUGUGGUAUCCUCAUUGCUGUCAACAUCACACAAAGCAACGGAUCGGCUGUUCCGGGGACUUCGGCUUUCACACUCAUGACGCCGUUGUAUAUCCUCACCGAAGCUGUGUGGGCUCAGGUUGUCUGUGCCUAUGCUUUUGACAUUGUUAUUAUGUUCUUCUUAUGGCAGAACUACAGGCAUAUUCUUGCCUUGCGGAGACGCUAUUUUGAUAGCUCAGAGUAUCAGAUGAGUCUCCAUGCUAGGACUUUGAUGAUUACGAGUGUUCCACCAAACCUCCGUUCCGAAGAAGGCCUAAUGCGAUUGACUGACGGCGUCAAUCCAACCUCAUCUCUGCCGCGGACCACAAUCGGACGAAAUGUCAAAGACCUUCCUUCCCUGAUCAGGAAGCAUGAAGAAGCUGUUAGAGAGUUGGAAUCCGUACUGGCUAAAUAUCUCAAAAAUCCAGACCGUAUGCCAAUCAACAGACCCACAAUGAGCGUUCCUAGAAAAUCGCGUGGCGAAGGUGGUUCCGGAAAAGUAGAUGCAAUCGACUAUCUCACAGAUCGGAUUCAGGAGCUGGAGGCUAGGAUAAAGGAUGUCCGUCAAUCAGUCGACAAGCGCAAUCCCAUGCCCUAUGGCUUUGCUAGUUGGGAAGCUAUCGAACACGCUCACGCCGUUGCAUACACAGCCCGCAAGAAGAAACCUCAAGGCACAAUAAUCAAACUCGCCCCAAGGCCUAACGACAUCAUUUGGGAGAAUCUCCAUUUGUCACCGCAAACGAGAAGAUGGCGCCGUCUGGWCAAUGUGUUUUCGAUUACACUAUUGACGUUGUUAUGGGUUGCGCCUAACGCUAUGAUUGCAAUUUUCCUUUCCGAUCUCAACAACCUUGGUCUGGUCUGGCCUGCGUUUCAGACUUCUCUGGAAGCGCAUCCGAAUACGUGGGCGGCCGUGCAAGGUAUUGCUUCGCCUGCAUUGACUUCUUUGAUAUAUCUGGUUUUGCCGAUCUUUUUCCGACGCCUCAUGCGCCGUGCAGGCGAUCUCACCAAAACCGCUCGAGAGCAGCAUGUCAUUCACCACUUGUACUUUUUCUUCAUCUUCAACAACUUGAUAGUCUUUUCGCUGUUUUCCGCAGCGUGGACCUACGUGGCAGCCGUCAUCAAUGCAAAGAACAACAAUGAAAGCGCGUGGCAAGCUAUUAAGGAUGGUCAGUUCUGGUACAAGGCUUUGUCCGCUUUGUGUCAAGUGUCUCCUUUCUGGGUUACUUGGUUGUUGCAACGUAAUCUCGGUGCCACUUUGGAUCUCGUGCAGUUAGUUACCAUUGUAUGGCAAUGGUUUAUGAAGACAUUUAUGGCUCCGACGCCGCGCCAAAGUAUCGAGUGGACAGCUCCUCCUCCAUUCGACUAUGCGAGUUACUACAAUUACUAUCUGUUCUACGCGACUGUGGCCUUUUGUUUUGCAACCUUGCAACCAAUCAUUCUUCCAGUGGCCGCACUUUACUUUGCAUUGGACUGUUAUUUCAAACGGUAUCUGCUGUUAUAUGUCUUUAUCACCAAGAACGAAUCUGGCGGUCUUUUCUGGCGAAUAGUUGUCAACCGAAUGCUCUUUGGAGCAUUUCUGUCUAAUAUUGUGAUAGCUUUGGUUGCCACGUCUAAGGGUACCUGGACAAUGGUAUACUGCUUGGCCCCUCUACCAUUCAUCAUAUUGGGUUUCAAAUGGUUCUGUUCAAGGACUUAUGACGAUGAUAUGGUUUAUUACAACAAGGGAGUCCUUAAUGAUGCCGAGGCUCUAGGCGCCUCGAUGGGCAAAGGUCCCAAGCGAGCAGGUGAUCGCCUGAAUUCGCGGUUCGGACAUCCAGCGCUAUUCAAGCCUUUAAUUACUCCAAUGGUACAUGCGCGGGCCGCAGAGACAUUGAAAUCGAUCUACCGAGGUAGACUGGGUAAUUUGGACUCUGCCGCUGAAUACUCAGAUAUCGCCAUGCAGUCCAUGUCCACAUCGGCUCCUGGAAAGCCAAUGGACUCGGCACCAUUCGAGGUCGUCGCUGAAAACCAACUUGAUUUCUCGUACUUUAAGAACCGCGCCGAUUUCAGAGAUGAGUUUGGCGGCGAUAUCUAUGGACGACCGGAGGAUCUUAUCUCUGAACGAUCUCAGACGCCACGGGCCUUUAUGGGUGACUCUCCAAAUUCAUCACGGGCUUCAUCGCCCGUAUCUGCAUUUACCCGCAAGCAAACAGAGGGAUACGACUUGGGCAUGCAGCGACCGCUCGACAUGGACCACCCAGCGUUCCGCCCUCAAAUGUCUCGCGUCGGCAGCAACGUCAGUGAUCCGAACGUGCCGUCCUUGUAUAUGCAGUCGAAUGAGAGCGAGUCUAGGCUACUAAGCCACGCCCAGCUACCCGCCGUCGAGGGAGAUAAUACAAUCCACACCGUUGAUCGAUGGCGGACACGCGGCUACGGACCUGUAGCUCAAGAUGACAACAACCCUCCUCCGACAUCAUACGAUUAUUUCCGCGGGAAACGAUGA